GGCGAUCCCGGCGGCGCGGGGCUCGGAAGCGGCCGGAGCUCGGGAUGGCGGCCGCUGAGGGGCGGGAGCCUUUGCUGCGGGCCGGAGAGGAGGAGCAGGAGCGGCAGCAGCAGCAGCAGGGCAGGUACGGGCUCCUCGGGCUGGACGGAAGGGGCUGCGGCAACAGGCGGCCGGCGCCGUUCCCGGCGCCCCGGAGCCGGCGGCUGUCCUCGGCGGCGCGGCCCUCCGUCCCGCGGGAUCGCGGCGAUGCGCGUCAGCGCUGCCGCCCGGUCCGGGUCGGGCCUCGAGCGACCGAACGGCCGUGAGGUUUCUCCCGGCAGUCCACCCCUGUGGCGUUCGCUUCACGGCGCCUUUGCUGUGAGGGCAGCGGCUGUCGUUAUUUUCUUUCGGUAGUAGUAAAACUAGACUUGCCGCAACGCUGAGCGUAGGCAGCGGUUGGUCAGAGGUUUUGGUUGGUUUGCUUUAGUCACAGCUCUGAGAGGCGCCUGGGGUUUUGUGGCUUCAUAGGUGGUUGUUGAAGCAUUUAUGUGAAAUCUGUGAUGCUCCAGACGCACAGAUUGCAUUGAGGUCUCCCUCGAUGAGGUUCUUCUCGUGCAACACUUUUGAAUGCGGUGGUACCCGGUGAGAUGUCGUGGAAACAGAGGAGCAUUACAAGAGCAGGUGGAGGUCUAUCUGGAUCAUGUAUCUGACUAUGUUUCUCAGUAGUGUAGGUUUCUCAAUUGUAAUUAUGUCUGUAUGGCCAUAUCUCCAAAAGAUUGAUCCUACAGCAGAUGCGAGUUUCUUGGGCUGGAUUAUAGCUUCAUACAGCAUUGGCCAAAUGGUUGCCUCUCCGCUCUUUGGUUUAUGGUCCAAUUACAGACCAAGGAGAGAACCUCUUGUCGUUUCAACUGCAAUUUCAGUAGCUGCUAAUUGUCUUUAUGCCUAUGUUCACUUACCUCAUUCACACAACAAAUACUACAUGCUUACUGCACGUGCUCUUGUGGGAUUUGGAGCAGGAAACGUGGCUGUGGUUCGGUCGUAUAUUGCAGGUGCCACUUCUCUUACAGAAAGAACAAGUGCCAUGGCCAAUACCAGUGCCUGCCAAGCAGUGGGCUUCAUAUUAGGACCAGUUUUUCAGACUUGUUUUACGCUGAUUGGAGAAGAAGGAAUAACAUGGAAAUCAAUUCAUCUUCAGCUGAACAUGUAUACGGCACCAGUUUUAUUUGGUGCUCUUUUAGGAAUUAUUAAUAUUAUUCUCACCUUUGCUAUAUUCAGAGAGCACCGAGUGGAUGACAUGGGACGGCAAUGCAACAGUAUCAAUUUUGAAAGAGAAGAAGGUGGUGUUCUGGAUCAGGAUGCAGAAGGAAACAUUGACCACGUUGCUGUUGUAGCAGUCAAUUUUCUCUUCUUUGUCAUCUUGUUUGUGUUUGCAGUCUUUGAAACCAUAGCCACUCCACUGACGAUGGAUAUGUAUUCCUGGACCAGGGAAAAAGCUGUUUUUUAUAAUGGAAUAAUCCUUAGUGCCAUUGGCGUUGAAUCUGUUAUUGUUUUCAUGGUGGUGAAAACGCUGUCUAAAAAGACAGGUGAACGUGCCAUACUCCAUGGAGGCUUACUGAUCAUCUUAAUUGGAUUCUUUAUCUUACUGCCUUGGGGGAAAAAACUACCAAAUAUCCAGUGGCAAGAGAUUAAGAAUAAUUCCGUUCCCCAAACAACUCCCAGUGAAAUGGUGAUGCCUUUCUGGAGUUUUCGAGCAAUGCAGCUUUCAUCCAACCACUCAGAACCUGCAGGCUGCCCUAUCACACAGUCAUGGUGCCUGAAUACUCCCAUGAUCUAUCUGGCUCAGUAUAUCAGCUCUGACAUACUAAUAGGACUGGGCUAUCCAGUUUGUAAUGUUAUGUCCUACACUUUAUACUCAAAAAUUCUAGGCCCCAAACCUCAGGGUGUCUACAUGGGAUGGUUAACUGCUUCUGGAAGUGGAGCACGCAUACUUGGACCGGUUUUUGUGAGCCAAAUAUACACUCAUUUGGGACCACGCUGGGCAUUUAGCUUAAUAUGUGGAGUGGUUGUACUCUCUCUGUUAGUCUUGGAGAUAGUAUACAAGAGACUUAUUGCAUUUUCUGUCAGACAUGGAAGGAUGCAAGAAGAGAGUUGUUAAAUACAUAAGCAAUGAGAAGAUAAAAAAUAAUUCAAAAAUAACAGUUCAUUGCUACUUUUUAACGUGGAGUGCCUAACCACUGACCUUGUUGGAUGUGUGAACUAUAGAUACGUACUUACGCAUUGGCAGGACACAUAAAUUGAUCAUAUCCUAACAUAUGGUUAUACCUGCUGCAGUAGAGAUUUUGUAGUCCACUUUUCCAGCAGCAGAGGACAGAUGUGAAUGAGUUGAAUCAAUAUAAUGGUAUAUUUAAAAUGCUCACAUGCACGUGUGCUCCGAGUGCAGCAGUGAAGGUCACAGGUUAAGAGUCUCUUUCAGGAAGAAGUAUAUCUUGAUUCUAUGAAUCAGGAUUAAUAACUCUUGUAACUAUAAGAUUAGUUGAGCUGCAAGCACUUUGUUCAGAAAAAUCACUACGUAAAUGAACCACUGGAUGCUAGUUUGCUAGCUUCUGAGCACUGGUUCAUAGAAAAUGUCUUACUUGGAACGCUAUGUUAGCAAUGCAAGGACUUGAAGCAUGACAGAAUCGUAGAGGAAAGCAGGUGCCUACUUCACAAAAAUAGUUUAGGUGGGAUUUAUCUACUUAAGUUGGUGAAGAGCCAUUGAAAAUCAAUCUUGGUGACUUACUUGAACUACAGUAAUUAGUGCACUUUUUUAGUACUGUUGUGUUGAAUGCCUUUUUAUAGCAAGGAGGCUAACCUGCAGAGGUUAAACUGCACAGAGCAAAGUAUGUAUAGCUUUUCCUAACCUUACUCUAAGAAGGAAUUACUAAACAUAAUAGUGUACACUUCCAUUGUCAGUAGCAAAGUUGAAUACUACCUGAGUGAUCAGUCUUAACUAAUGCUAAUUAAGUAAAAAGGAAGAAACUGAUGGUUCCCUAGCUGUUGACUAUUCCCUGUAGAUUAUUUUCUGAUAAUACAGUGUAAGAACUCGGUUUACCUUUGAAUAAAUUAUUUUUACUUUAUAAAGUGAAAUAUUUUUCCUUCAUAACAGGGCCUAAGUUAAUCUGUAUGUGCUCGUUUGGUGUUUCAGUCCUACGGGGGGAAAAUCCUGAAAUAGCUCCAGUAAAUACAAGUUGUAACUGCUGUUUAACAUGCCUACUAUUUGAUGCCUUCUGAAUAUAUUAAAUGUAAUAACGUAUUCUUAACUGUUAAAGCACUGAAUGACUACAGAAUUAAAAGAUUAUUUUUUCCAAUACCUACUCAAGUGAACACAGGUUUUUUCCUCACGCUUUCUUGCUGCAGAUUUCCAAAACAUUAUGAGCAAUGACUUUGCUAUGUUAGUGGUGAAAACAAACUUGAAGAAAAAUUUAGAGUUAUAUCAACCAAGAGUUCUUUGGACCUCAGAAACUAAAGGCUAGAAAGAGUUUUCAAGGAGGCUAGUAGCAAUUAGGAUUUUGCGUUCUACAACAAAGUUUGUGCUGACUGUUAGGACAAAGCAUGUAACAGUAGCAUUUUUAUUAUCUUCAAGGAUUAAGGAUAAAACCAGUAAAUAUUCAAAAUACUUUAUAUGCCUCAACAAUACACUGAUUGCAAGAUUUUAAAUGCUUUUGGCCACAAGAGUUGUAUUUUCACCACUUCUGCUGUUGUUUAAGCUACUGCAUGACUGCUACAGGUAUCAUUACAGGUACCGGGUAAUACAGGUAUUACCUUUUGAAUCUUGUGAACUAUUCUUGUUUUCUGGUCUACGCUGUAAUUUGACUGCACCUACCUCCCUGUCACGUUUCUUUAUAAAUUAGUUGAACCAUUUCCUAAACAUUUAUGCCAUUUCACUUCCUGGUGUUGAAGGAAGGCUCAAUACUUAGGCUUUCCUCAACUUUCGGUACACUCAGUUGGCACAUCCAAAGUGGGUUAUGCCUGAAGAUUUUCAGUGUGAGCGGUAUUACAAGUUUUUAAACACACAGUGCUGGCCCACACCUCAUCAAUGGUGAAUUGGUACUAUAAACAGCAGGCAUACUAUAAUUAAAUAAAGAUUAUAAAAGCUCUAACUAACUGCCUUGCAGCCUACUUGGUUUAUCAAAGAGCUGAAAGAAUGCUCACACUCUAUCCACGAGUGUUAAUAAUAUGAACAGGAAUAUCAGCACAUAAAAUGCUUUCAAACAGUUACUCAUAGUGCUGGUUCAGUUUGUUACUUGUUAUGAAUGACACUACUAUAAACAUGUAAGAGAAAAGUAUCUGAAGUUAAUAAAAAGUGAUGAUUAUAAAACAAAUUGAAUCAGCUCACUGCAGCAUGUGUUAUUUGCUUCCCUAUCAGAUUUCAUCUGUACGUAUUUCAGUUACCUGUUGCCGAGGGCUAGAAUACUAAAUAUACAAACCAUUGUGCAAAUGUUCAGUUCAGCAAGUGAGAAGCAGCUUUGUACAACCAUUUUAUAGUUAUUUGCCCUGAGCUUCACCCAUCCAUAUGCCAACAUAUGAUGCUCUAAAAUAACACAUCAGCUUCUGGUACAGUUGAACUUUACUACUUACGGGAAAAGGGUCUCAGUGAACUUGAAUAUGAAACAAAGAGAGCUGGACGGUUACCACUGCAUUUAUUUUUGGGGGGUAUAAAAUGCUUGGGAAUUCAAAAGCUGCUGCUACAAAAAUAAAAACAAAAAAGGUAUAAAACAUGUACAUAUUUACAUAUAUUACUUGUAAGAGGUAAAAAUACAAGUUAUUUACAAACACUUCAACAGCACAGAUAUGUUUUCCUUGAUUAUCAUCACUGAGUAAAGCAGUGGGGAAGAAAAAAAAUAGAGAUUAUUCCCAAAAACGUGAGGUCAUUUAGAACUCAUUUGCUCAAUGUUUUGCUUGAGCAAGUUUAUCCAUCAUUCUGAGGAAAAAUGUGCUUGUAAAGUAUCUUACAAAAAAACUGUAGAACAACCCUUCCCUUCCUAUUUUUUUUUUAAACCAGAAUUUGGAAGACUUUCUGGAUAAGCUUAAUAAAAUCAGUCACUUUCAUGUCA